GCUGCUUCCCCCCUCCCCUCUCCUCCGACGAAUAAAGCCACCAUUCCCCCCUCGCUCCCUCCUCCCACUCCCCCUCUCGCCAAUCCUUCUCCCUGCACCGCCUUCCUGCGCAGCGGCGCCAAGGUUCCUUCGGAUUCUUCUCCCUCUCCCUCUCCGACCUCUCCUGCUCGGCCCCUUCCUCUUCCUCGGGAGCGAGCGAGCGGGCGAUUCCGAUCGCCGCGGCCGUGGAGAGCGGUGGGGGUGCUCGGCCUCGCGCGGGGACGGAGGAGGAGGACGAGGCGCGUGGGCGCGGAGGGGCCAUGGGCGGGCACAGGGUGGAGGACGGCCGCCCGCCGUCCAAUCUGCAGCGCUUCCUCGACUGCACCACCCCGACAGUCGACACGCACAUUCUCCCCAAGACCAAUGGCCGGCUGUCGAAUGACGCGUGGCACCAUGCCGACGCCGACAGCGUCGAGUACUUCAACCUAGCCGACCUGUGGGAGCAGUACUACGAGUGGAGCGCUUACGGCGCCGGAGCUACCGUGCAGCUGCACGGAGGGGACAAAGUGGUUCAGUACUACGUCCCAUACUUGUCAGGGAUACAGCUAUACACCAACAAAGUCCUGAAUGCAUCCAGGAGUUUUGGUGAGGACUAUGGCAUGGACUUCUGGAGCGAUGAUGACGACAAUGAGAAGAUGUCAAGAUCCUGGAGCUCAACAUCUGACGACUCAUUUAACUGCGACGUGGUGGGGGGGAACAGGAGGCGACCUGGCCAUUUGUAUUUUGAGUUCUUUGAAGUUUGCUCUCCUUAUGGAAGGAUCCCGCUCAUGGAUAAGGUAUAUGAAUUAUCCCAGGGCUUUCCUGGGUUGACAUCGCUGAAGAGUGUCGACCUUUCGCCUGUCAGUUGGAUGUCAGUUGCCUGGUAUCCUAUCUACCACAUUCCCUACCAACGCAAUGUGAAGGACUUGUCUGCGUGCUUCCUAACUUACCAUACCAUUUCCUCUUCAUUUCAAGAUCACACACCGGAGACCAUGACCUAUGGCUCAGCUGCCAGUGGGAAACAGAAUGACCAGAAGGCCAACACUGUAUCACUAGCCCCGUUUGGACUGGCAGCAAACAAGAUACAAGGCUCUCUGUGGACCAACCCCAGGACAGGAGAUCUUAAGAGGAUCGUCUCCCUCUUCGGCGCAGCAGACUCCUGGCUCAAGCAGCUUGGAGUCCGGCACCAUGACUUCAACUACUUCGUCACUCACCCCAUGUGAAGUACUAAUUUGCCUGGCCAUGAACCUCAUGGCAGUAGACUUGAAAUCGUCGAAAUUGCUUACACCACCGACAAGGGACACAAACCAUCUACCGUGCAUCGCCCUCGUAAAAGUUGAGUCUAACAUUCAUGGGAUAGGUUUAUACGGCUUGAUUGCAGCACAUAACAAAUGUAUCAGGACUUGAAAGGUUUUGUGUUUCUUGGCUGAAGAUGUAACUAAUGUGCACAGAAGUUUUGGUACUAGUCUGAUAUCCAGCUGUUGUGGUUGGGUGCAUAUUGUAGCUACCUGCCUCGCCAUGUGUACUCAACUAGCCUAUGGAGGUUGUGUGCCCAGGAUGAACUACUUUUGCAGAGUCCUGUUUUCUGGGAAACUGCAGAGACAUCAGAGUUCAGUUGGACCUGAAUCAGUUGAUUUUAUUUAUUUUAUUUUUGCUUU